CAAGAACCCAAUUUCAAUUUGUUCAUACUCCGUAAUCUGCAAGAGCUCUUCCUUCUCGGAAUGCUAUAGUUAUUAGAAGAUGAAAAUAGGAACACCAAGGACACCCUUGUCAAAGAUUGGAAAGAGGACCCCUUUAAGGGCUGCCAUCAGUAAGACUCCUCCAUGUACUACUACUCCAGGUGAAUCAAAGGUUGGUGAGGAGAAGAUUCUUGUCACUGUUCGUGUGAGGCCGCUGAGCUCAAAGGAACAAGCGGUUUAUGAUCUUGUUGCCUGGGAUUUCCCCAAUGACCACACUAUUGUUUCAAAGAACUUGAGCCAUGAGCGCCAUUCGGGCUCAUACUCCUUUGAUUUCGUCUUUGGCCCAAUCUGCUCGACUCGAAAGGUGUAUGAAGAAGGGGCUAGAGAUGUUGCUCUUUCUGCUCUUAGUGGUAUCAAUGCAACUAUUUUUGCAUAUGGGCAGACGAGUAGCGGGAAGACAUUUACAAUGAGAGGAAUUACUGAAAAUGCUGUUAAGGACAUUUAUGAGCACAUCAAAAACACUACAGAUAGGGAAUUCGUCUUGAAAUUUUCUGCUUUGGAGAUCUACAAUGAGACCGUAGUAGACCUAUUGAACAAUGAACUUGGCACGCUUCGGUUAUUGGAUGAUCCUGAUAAAGGAACUAUAGUUGAGAAACUGACCGAAGAGAUGGUCGAGGAUGGCCAACAUCUGAGGCAUUUAAUUAAUAUUUGUGAAGCUCAAAGGCAAGUAGGAGAAACUGCUCUAAAUGAAAAGAGCUCGAGGUCACAUCAGAUAAUCAGGCUGACGAUUGAGAGCAGUACUAGAGAAAAAACUGGGCAUGUAAAAUCCCUCUUAGCAACCCUGAAUCUUGUGGAUCUCGCGGGAAGUGAGCGUGCAAAUGCAGAUGGUACUAGGCUGAAGGAAGGAAGCCACAUAAACAGAAGCUUGCUUACCUUGACCACUGUAAUAAGGAAGCUAAGUGGAGGAAGGAGGAGUGCACACAUCCCUUAUAGAGAUUCAAAGCUGACAAGGAUCUUGCAGGCCUCACUAGGGGGCAACGCUCGAACUGCAAUCAUAUGCACAAUGAGUCCGGCUUUAAGCCACGCGGAUCAAUCACGUAACACUCUCUCAUUCGCAACCAGUGCAAAAGAAGUCACUAAUAGUGCCCAAGUGAACAUGGUAGUUUCAGAGAAACAAUUAGUGAAAAAGUUGCAGAAAGAAGUUGCAAGGCUAGAAGCAGAGCUCCGAACUCCGGAUACCACUGCUUCUCCAAGCCUUAGAUCUUUACUCAUGGAAAAAGAAAUGAAAAUCCAGCAGAUGGAGGAAGAGAUGAAUGAACUGAAACGUCAAAGGGACAUUGCUCAAUCCCAGCUUGAAUGUGAAAGAAGAGCAAGAAAAGAGAUCAAAGGUUCAGGUGAUCACGGGCCUUCUCAUCAAGAAGUGGUUAGAUGCCUUUCAUUUUCCACUGAAAAUGAAAUUGAUCCUAAUGGGGCGCCCAUCACGAUAACACCAGCAGUAAGAAGAAGAAAGUUAGGCUGGAGAAGCACUUCGCUUGUUAGGCAAUCAGCCUGUUCUACAGACCCAUCAAUGCUGGUGAAUGAAAUCCGAAAGCUUGAAAUGAGGCAAAGGCAGCUUGGGGAAGAAGCAACUCAUGCACUUGAGUUACUCCACAAAGAGUUCGCUUCUCACAGAAUCGGCACCCACGCUGCCACAGAAAGCAUUGCGAAAUGCCUGUCAGAUAUAAAGGGCAUGCACGCGUUGAAUUCAGUUCCUGCAGAGGAAGUUGAAAUCAAAGACAAAGCCAGCCUUAAGGAAGAGAUUGCGCGGUUGAGAUCUCAAGAAAGUAGCAUUAAGUCUCUGGAAGUGAGGCUCGAGAAUGUCCAAAGAUCAAUAGACAAAUUGGUAGUUAUGCACCUUCCAAGUGAUGAAACCACAACUCCAGAGCUAAAGACUUCAUUCUCAUCAAGAAAGAAAAAGGGGCUUCCUUUUGCAGCACUGACCAAUACUGCCGCCAACAUGCCCAACCUCAUACGCUCUCCCUGUUCGCCUAUGGAUAAUGAAAUUGAAAACAAAGCACCACCUGAGAGUAACGACUCCUCCUCAAGGGAGGGCACCCCUUCUGGGGCUGCAGCAAAACAAUCAUCAAACUCAGUCAGCGUUAAGAAAAUGCAAAGGAUAUUUAAGAAAGCAGCUGAGGACAACAUUAGGGACAUUAAGGCCUAUGUCACUGAGCUAAAGGAACGUGUGGCUAAGCUCCAAUACCAAAAACAGCUCCUAGUUUGCCAGGUGCUGGAAUUGGAGGCAAAUGACGGUGCAUCAAAUGAUGGAUCCGAAUUUAUGACAGACGAACAAUCUCUUCCUCUUCCACCAGCAGUAUCAUGGCACUUGAUCUUUGAGGAGCAAAGAAAGCAACUCAUAAUGCUGUGGCACCUGUGCCACGUGUCGCUGGUCCACCGCACUCAAUUCUACCUGCUGUUUGGAGGGGAGGAAUCAGAUCAGAUAUACAUGGAGGUGGAGCUGAGGAGGCUGACAUGGCUGGAGCAGCACCUGGCAGAGCUGGGCAAUGCCAGCCCAGCGCUGUUGGGGGAUGACCCGGCAAGCUACGUGUCUUCAAGUGUGAGGGCACUGAGGCAGGAGAGGGAGUACCUCGCGAAGAGGGUGAAUACGAAACUGAGUGCUGAAGAGAGGGAGAGGCUUUAUGUGAAGUGGGACAUUCCAGCAGAUGGUGGUGGGAAGCAGAGCAGGAGGAGGAGAAUGCAGCUUGUGAACAAGCUGUGGUCUGAUCCGCUGAGCAUGGAGAACGUGCAAGAGAGUGCACAGAUUGUUGCCAAGCUAGUCGGGUUUUGGGAGACAGGAGAGCCUGUUUCCAAGGAGAUGUUUGAGCUCAAUUUUGUUUCCCCCUGUGACAAGAAAUCAUGGAUGGGUUGGAAUCUCAUAUCCAAUCUCUUACACUUGUAGCCAGCCAAACCUCCCUCUCCCUAGUCCCUUCCUCACCCUUGUUCUUUCUUUUUACACUUGCACAAAACCAUCACCACUGCAACAAUGAAUGAAUGAAUGAUUC